UGUAGUUAGCUGAAAAUGGAGGUAACCAACAGGUACAUCACAAUAAGGACUCAGGUAGAUGGACAUCCGGAAGAGUCGGAUUUCGAGCUCAUCAAAACCGCAAGCCUUUCUCUGUCACUUGACCCUGCAGGUUCUAUUGACAUAAUUGUGAAGAAUCUGUAUGUGUCAAUCGACCCUUACCACAUAAACCGAAUGAAGACUCAGACCUCCUCACAGAAAGUUGUAUUGCCCACAGCUGCCAUCACUCCCGGAGAAGUUAUUGAUGCUUAUGGUGUCGCAAAAGUUGUGGCUUCUAGGAUCCCUGAGUUUGAGAAGGAUGACUUGGUUGUGGGAUUUAUCACUUGGGGAGAGUAUAGUUUGCUUAAAAGAGGAAAUUACAUGUUGAGGAAAUUGGAUCCUAUGGGGUUCCCAUUGUCUUACCAUAUUGGAAUUCUAGGUUUGAGUGGACUUACAGCAUAUGGUGGGUUUUUUGAAGUAUGCAAACCCAAGAAGGGGGAGAAAGUUUUUGUCUCUGCAGCUUCUGGAUCAGUUGGGAAUUUGGUCGGACAAUAUGCUAAGCUUAUCGGUUGUUAUGUUGUUGGAAGUGCAGGAAGCACAGGAAAGGUAGCAUUGCUCAAGGAAAAGCUUGGAUUUGAUGAUGCAUUCAACUACAAGGAAGAGCCUGAUUUACAUUCAGCUCUCCAAAGGUACUUCCCUGAUGGGAUUGACAUCUACUUUGACAAUGUGGGGGGUGAAAUGCUAGAGGCUGCUGUUGUUAACAUGAACGCCUUGGGUAGAAUUGCUGCCUGCGGCGUGGUCUCUGAGUACAUUGAUGCUACAAAGCGAGCUGCACCGAGUAUACCAGAUGUUGUGUACAAAAGAAUCAAAAUCCAAGGGUUUUUGGCAGCUGAUCAUAUGAAUGUGUUUUCGGAUUUCCUUUCCACCACAACUGAUCAUCUGCGUGCAGGAAAACUGCAUGCGCUUCAAGACAUCUCAGAUGGUUUGGAGAGUAUUCCAUCAGCUUUCAUUGGACUCUUUCAUGGUCACAACACUGGAAAGAAAAUGGUUAAAGUUGCAGAUCAAUGA